AUGGCGGGGAAGAAGAGAGUGCCAUCGACGGCCUACAAACAACACAUUCUUUCAUGGAGGACCGGACCGGCUCAGGCUGCUCGACUAAGAGCUCAAUCGCUUAAGUCCACAACCAAUCCCCAGAAAGGUGGACAAGCAAAGACGCCUGGAGAAUCUUCAGAGAGCACCUCACCUGUCCAACCGCCAGAGCCGCUGUUGGUGUCAACGAAUACUGUCGCACAACCGUCGCCGUUCUCCUUCCAAGGCACAUUGGCUCCAGCUCUGUCACUUUAUAUUCGCGACGUCGUUCCCAGUUUCCAUCGCCGACAACUUCACCAACACGACGGCGUGGACGGCAAGUUCCUACAAGCAGUUGUUCCUUUCGUUCUCCAUCACGAAGUCGUCCAGAACUCGUGCGGCGCAGUCACGUUACUCAUCCAGGAUUUCACAAAGACCUCACUGGUUCCGCGCAUAACGCGCGAAGUUUACCAAUUAAUCGAAAAGACAUACAUAUCACUACGACGCUCCAUUUCCGAAGGACGGUCCUCUCUCGAUGCCACCAUCUGGGGCAUUGAAGCCUUGAUAGCUAUCUGGAACUUCGUCGGCGAGUACGACAAGACGGAAAUCCACCUCAAAGCGAUGCACGAUUUGUUGAUCGCUCACGGUGGUUACGAAGCUCUGGGCUUCGACGGGUUCCUGGCUCGAACCGUCCAGUCCUACUUUAACCAUUUCAACGCCAUGAGAGUUGUACAAGUCGAGAUGACCGAGGCUGGGCUUCGAGCGACUGCCGACGCCGCAAUUUGUGACGAGGCCCUCCGCACGAUGCCGAGUCUUCCCGAUGGUUUACGCAGUGUCAUCACCACACAAACUCUGACGUACCAAUGCAUAAUGGUGAUGGAGACAGUGUCUGAGUGGCACGCAUCGUGGAAAUCUCAAGGUCUUUCCGCCGCCGCGAGAGUCGAACAGUCUCGUCACCUAAACGUGGCAAGGUGUCUCCGACUACUACAAUUAUCGCAACCAUCGACUCAUCGCCAUGACAUUCUCGUUGCACUCGCGCUUCUGGCAUACUGCACUUACCGUGGUGCCGACAUGGACUCGUGCUGGAUCGUCAACUGUAACGUCCAAAUCUGCUGCAAGAGUCUCAUGAUGCAGUCUUUCAGUGCAUGUGACGCGUCGUUGAUGAUGUGGACAGCCAGAAUGCUUCGGGCUGUUUACGGGCCCGACAACAUGACUUGUGCUUUUUCCGAUCGACUUUCUUCGACUGCAAUCGCGCAAUGUGUUGGUGGUGACGUGCCGGGAGUGACGGACUGUACGAGAUUCUUUUGGGAUGAGUCAUUGACGUUUCAUCUAUCAUCAUCUAUCCAGGCAAGACAGAAGGGAUGAGAUUAUGAGGGCUGUUUUCAAAAUAAAACUAUCUUGACUCACACUCGCACCUUUACAACAAGACGGUAUCCUUUCUUUGUCUCGGCAUUCGAUUUCCUGAUCUAAAAAGGUAUGAC